AUGGAGGAUAGAAGCAUGGAUGUGGAUGGCUGUGAAGCCUGGCCAGAGGAGCUGGGUGAGUCCGUAUUUCUGCAGCUGUCCCUCCAGCCUGACCUGCAGGGCUUAGACUUUGGGGCACAUGCAAGGGGCAUUCAAUUCGGAUUUAUUGGGUCCCUGGUUUCGCAAGUCCUGAUCGUGAGCUGCUUCGCAGUGAUCUUCUUCCUCGGCUUCCGGGCUCGCAGAGCGGGUCUGAGACCAGACUGGUCUCAAAGCUCCAAGCAAUCAGAAGGUCUGCCAAUGCAUGUGCUGGUGUUGCUAGGCUUGACAAUGGGCUUAGACUUCUUCUGCACAGACCAGUACCAGCCGAGCAUGUUGGCCAUAUCGAGCGACUUCGCAGUGUCUCAUGAAGCCAUAGCCUCCACCAUCCAGAUCCACCAGCUGAGCUAUGCUGUGGCGAUGCUUGGUGCUGGACGUUGGCUCCAUCUGCUGGGCUUGCGGCAGAUGAUCUUGAUGUGCCAGCUAUUCUUUGCCGCCAGCACGCUAGGCUGUGCAUUCGCACCAUCCUUUGCGUGGUUUGUAGCAGGACGCGUGCUCCAAGGGAUUGCUGCAUCUUGCAGCGUGGGCGUCUCAGCGAUGCUGAGUGCCUGGUACAGUGACAGAAAUGACAUGAGGCGAGCAGCCAAUAUCAUUUCGUGUAUAGCUCUUCUGGGGCACAUUGCCGGCCCUGCAUCAGGGGGGCUUCUUGCCGGAAUAGCUGGUUGGCGAGCAGCUUUCUUGGCCGUCUUUGGUCUCGUUAUCCUUAUGCUCCUUGCAAACUACCUGCUGCUUCCGGAAAGUGCUGCAUUGAAUUCACAUCAGGAGACGCAGGAUGUAGCCAGCAAGCCGCAAAGUACCGGCACAAUGGUACAGCAGACCUUCGUACUUCUUGGACUCAGCCUCUUGCGGGGGAGCUCAUACGUACUGCUGGCCGUGAACUGUUUCAUCUUCGAGGGCUACUACGGCUUGAGCACUUGGGCUGCUUCCCUCCUCAUGUCCAUCCUGGUUGCUGCGGGGGCCUUUGGUAUGGCGGCGUCCACGACGCUGGCAUUUUCUCCCACGGAGGCUCUGAACCUCUUCUCACCAUUUCUCUUGCUGUCUGCUGGCUAUGCUGCGGUCGUGGCUUCUGCGCUGAUCGGGAGCAACCCGCUCACAUACAUGUCUGGAUUGGCCUUGCACCAGUUUUUGGCGCAUGGGCCUACAUGGGCAGUAUUGGCAGAAGCUGACUCCGAGCUUGACGAUGCUGCCGGCUUGCCUCCGCACAUCUACGCGGGGAUCAUGAACAUUCUUGCCGCCGCAGUCUCCCUUUUUGGGCUCCCUGCCAUUCGGGGUGGCCCUUCAGCUGUGCUGUAUGUGCUGGCUGUUAUGGCUGCCGCAUCGCAAUUGUUCAUCCGCGCUGGAAGUUUAUGGCGUGUGUCUGCCGGUUCCCGAGUCAGCAGUUCUUCUCAGCGUGCCGUCAUGAAUGGAUUAGCUCAGGAUAGGCCAAUCUUCAUCGACUUCUUCAACAACGAUGUCGUCCACGUCUUCAUCAUCGUCUCAGUCAUCGUCUUCGUCAACGUCCCCAUCAGCUUCUUCAUCGACGUCUGUGUCAACGUCAUCGUCAACAUCUUUGUCAACCUCCUCGUCAACGUCUUUGUCAACAUCUUGGUCAACGUCUUCGACAUCUACCUCGACUACCACCACGGCAUCAACAACUUUGUCCAGUUCUUCCACAGCUACCACCACCUUUACCGCUACAUGGACUUCUUCUUCUACAAGGUCCUCGUCGUCAACUGUUUCGAGUACGACUUCAAGCACAGGCUCUACAUCAUCGACCAGCACGUCUGCGACAAUGGUCGAUGCUUCAGCCCCCCAGUCAACGCCUCCCUGGCUGCAGCGGCCUCUGCCUUGGACGGCCUCGCGCAGGAAAAGAAGGCGGUUGCCAAGAACUUGCUUGCUUCAGCUACGGAACUCCUCGCCAAUGCUAGUGGCAGGGUUGUGGAGCAGGAGGUGGUGACGUCGAGCGGGGCCGUCAUGAAAGUUGCAGUCUUCCAACCGGCAGCCAACAGCACGGAGGAUGUUGCCGUUGCAGGUGAAGGCGGUGUCCAAGUCAAGGUCCCUCCAAAGGUGCUCGAGCAGCUUGCUGGCAAGUUGGCAGGUCCAGUGGCGCUAUCGCUGGGAAACGUGCCAAACAACACGAAGGAGAUCUUGGAGUCGGUGACAAGCCAGCAGUCAGGCGACUCCGAGGCACCAACCUUGACAUCAGAGCCCUUGGCCGUCACGCUGUACGACGCCGAAGGCAACGAGCUGACCAAUGUCACCUUCGAGGAGCCCAUGCAGCUGAUCCUGCAGGGGACAGCCUCAACAGAGGCCGUCUGCGUCUUCUGGGAUGAAAACCUUGCAGCCUGGUCCAGAGAAGGCGUGGAGCGUGUGCCUUCGGACACUUCGCAGCUGAUCUGCAGCACCACACACCUAAGCGUCUUUGCUGCGAUCAUCCAGGCCAUUGAGGACACCUUGGUCUGCAGCUCUGCUGCUGCCAUCUUUUCCGCCGAAGGCUUCAAGUCCCUCUCUACAGGUGACUGGUGGAGCCACUUCCCCGCCAUGGUGAACUGGAUGUCUCUGAUUCUGGGGGGCGUGAUUCUUUGCCUGGCGCACCGCUUCGACAAAAUGCAUUCCGAGAUCAUCCACGCAUUGGAAACGACCGAGGAGGCGGUUGAGGGCGCGGCUGAGGCAGAAACAGAGACAAUGGUGGAAGAAGUGACGCAAGAGGUGGCCCAAAACUCGGAGCCCGCUUCAGAGAUCAUGAAGGAACCUGAUCGCCACGGAAGCAAAAAGACGUGCUUCAGCUGGUUCUGGCAAUGGUUCGCUCGGUGGACCAUCUACCAGGUUCUUUUCGCCUUUGUUGGCGCCGACCACAAGCAGCUGCACAGAAGCUUCGGUGAGACGGGCCUGACCAAAGCGCAUGAGCUCGCGCAGGACACCGCGACCACAGCUGUUCACGGGUCGGCGUGGUGGAGAAUGCUUAUGUUCUUCAAAGUCUGGAAUGAGCUCAGGAGAAUAAUGCUGGCAUUCACACAUUGGUGUGGCGGAGCCGUCAUCAAGCGAUUCAAUGCGAAAGAGCUGUCAAUCCCUGGCCUUGAGGCAGCGGAGCAUGGCUGUCAUAGCCAGGCUGCUUGGAUGCUGGGCCCAGGAGCUCGCAGGAACGAUCAGCGAAAGAUGCUGAAGGGGUUCGUGUACUGGGCAUUCAUUCUCUCUUAUUGCAUCUUCUGCGACCUGGUCCUCUGCAUUUUCCUGGCACAAGUGAGCCGAUUGGAUGCUGAGAUCUGGGCAACUUCUGGCCUGACAAGCUUUCUUAGCAGCUUGGCCGUGUUCCCGAUUCUCAUGACCCUUCUGGUUUCGCCAGCGCUGCUUUGGCUUUCUUUCAACAAGGAAGCCGCCUCGCAGAUGUAUUCCGAAAUUUGCCCAUGGCUGGAACAGAAGGAAAGAAGAGUUUCAUGGCUGGCCCUUCUGCCAGGCGGAGGCCCAUCGUUGGCUGCUGCCGCACCUGCGACCCGAAGUUCAGUGAACUCCGUGACAGCGAUGUUCGCGCACGCACAGCAGGCUGCCGCGUUGGGCAUUGUGACUGUCCACAUGGAGGAAGAUUUAGCCGUGAGCGAUUUCCACGAGGAGGAGCCAGCCCGGGUUCAUGCGGUUGCGCGCGGUCUCAGCAAGCUCCGGUGCACAGCAGCCGAGAUGUGCAGCACAUGUCCCAGGUUCUACCCAACCAGGUGGAAGAGUGAUCACGAGGAAGGCAAUGACUUGACGUCGGCGGCCAGGCUUCGAUCAGCAGCCACACCAUGCGCAGAAGACGUGAAUAAAGCGGUGGUGUGCAAAUCCUUCGAGGAGAUCUGCGAGAAGUUCACCAUGCCUCAGGCAUUGGCAGAGGGUGCCGAGAUUGUCAUCUGUACGCCAGGUCGACUCGAGGACUUUCUGGACCGCGGUGUGAUCAGCAUGACGAACGUACGGUACCUCAUCUUGGAUGAGGCUGACAGGAUGCUUGACAUGGGCUUCGAACCACAGAUCCGCUCCAUCAUUGAAGGCCACAGCAUGCCUGAGUCUGGGGGUGAGGAAGGUCGGCAGACCAUGAUGUUCUCAGCCACCUUCCCCCGAGAAAUGCAGGAUCUUGCUCUGGACUUCCUGGAUCCCACGUAUCUGUGGAUUGGCGUCGGCAAGGUCGGCGAAGCAUGCGAGAAUGUGGUUCAGCGAUUUCAGGAUGCAAGCACCACGGACUUGGACGGCAAAUUUGAGAUGCUGGUCGAUGCGGUGAAUGAGGUUGAGGUGCAGGGCGACGACAAGGUUGCAAAGACCCUCGUGUUUGCCAACUCAAAGACCACUGUCGAUGCAGUUUGCUGGCGAUUAUCCGAUGCGCGGAUCCGGAGCAUGCAGAUCCAUGGUGGGCUGACGCAGGCCACGCGGGAUCGUGCACUGUCAGAUUUCCGAAAUGGCCGAGUCAACGUCCUUGUCGCCACAGAUGUCGCGGCACGUGGCCUUGACCUGCCAGGUGUCGACCACGUUGUGAACUACGAACUCCCUUUAAAUGCCGAGGACUACACGCACCGUAUCGGCCGGACUGGUCGAAUCGGGAAUACCGGGAUUGCAACCUCGCUGGUGGGCAGCUGGGAGCCCGCUCUGAAAGAGAUCAUCAAGUCCAUCCAGGAGAUGAAGACUGUGGAGAUCCCUGAGUGGUUGGAGUACAAGACACAGGGCAGCACCCGCAGCAUCGGGCGCGGACGAGGGGCCUAUGGCUAUGCAGAUCGAUACAACCAAAGGAGAAAUGACUCUGAGGAGGAUGGUGGAUUCAAUCCAGGCUACAGCAGAAAAGGCCAGGGAGGCUACCGCAAACGUUUCUCAAACGAAAGAGGCCGCACACCUCCGCGAAGAGGAAACCGGCAAAGACAAGAGGACUUGCCUCCUUGGGCACGAGGCCUCCCGCCGAAGCAGCGUAUGCGCCGAGGCUGA